GUAGAACAUCGCUGUUCUGGUCAAAUUUUUCAAAAAAAAAAUAUCCGUUGCACCUGCUUUAAUUGCUCCAACAACUCUUUUUUUCAAAUUCUUGAACGUUGGCCACCCUCUCUCCUAUAUAUUUGGACCCCCUCUUCUCAUUUUUACACACACAAACACAAACUUCUUCAAUCUCCUUGCAUAUUUUAUCCUCUCUAACAUUCUUUUUGUGAUUUCUUCAUCACCAUGGCCAAAGAUAAGAACAGGGCAGGAGCUUCCGGAAAAUCCAAGGCAAAAUCCCGGGCCCCGGUAACCAAUCCCGAGGAUCGCAUCGACUACGGCGAUGGGACGUAUCUCUGGUUCGAUUCCGAGGAGGAGCGCACCCGUUUUCUCACCUUCUUCUCUAAACGGGUUGUGGCUCCCCCACGAAUCAUCCCGGAGCGCUACCCGGAGCUGCAAGGCUACGACGACCUUGACGCACAGCUUCAUCAAGCCGGCCUUUGGCCGUUCGUCUCCCGGGCACGCAAGGAGAUCAACC